AGAGGAGCUUAGUCUGAGAUAGAAAGAGAGCGAUGACGAUCGACGACGACAGCUCCGUCUACGUCGGCGGUCUCCACUACGACGCCACCGAGGACAGUGUUCGCCGAGUCUUCGAUCUCUACGGUGCCGUCGUCGCCGUUAAGAUUGUGAAUGAUAAUACGAGUAGAGGCACAUGCUACGGCUUCGUCACUUUCAGGAAUCCACGGUCGGCGAUCGACGCCAUCAACGACAUGAACGGCCGGACUGUGGAUGGGAGAGUGGUGAGAGUGAAUGGAGUGAGGAGUAGAGGAGGGAGGUUAGGUUUCGGUGGAGGGAGAGGAAGAGGGAGGGAGACUUUCCGACGAGGUUUCGAGAGGGGGAGAAGCUGGGGUAGUAGGGGUAGGGACCAUGAAAUGGCGUAUGAUGAUGUUAGGGAGAGGUAUAGGGAUAGAUAUAGUGAUAGGUCGACGGAGCGUGGCGAUAGGUACAUUGUGCGAUCGAGGGAGCGGCGGUCUGUGGAGUAUGAGGAGGAGAGGGAUGGGAGAUACGGGCGUGGAGUUGAUGAUCAUGAGUUAAUGAGUGAGCAUUACUCAGAUAGAGAUCGUGAGAGGGGUCGGGAGUUGGAAGAUUUGGAGCAAGGAAGCAGCAGGAGCCAUGAGCUGGGUUGGGGGAAGAGAAAUCAUACUGUGGAAUCUGAUAGAGAGAUGGAGGUGGACAUAAUGGAUCUUCGGAAUGAUGUUGUUGAGAAGGAUAGAGAUCAACAGUCGAGGAGGUGGAACAGUGCAAAUUCUGUUGACCAAAAUAGUAGGGAGCUUUUAUCCCAUUCAAGCGGUGAUUUCAAUGAUCAGGUAAAAGAACAGCUUGAAAUAUCCACACAGAGGCUUGAAGAAUUGAAAAAGGAGACUAUUGAGAUGGAAGAGAAGCUAAAAGAUGAUGGAAAACUGGUUUUGGAUUUACAGAAGCAAUCUCAGAAGCUGGAGGAUGCGUUGGCAAAUGCAAAGAAGAAAACUUUAAACCAGAAGAAGCAGUUGACCAAGCUACAUGAUUGCUUUAUGCAAGUAAAACAUUACAGAGAAAAACUCAAAAGCAGUGAAGACGAACUUCAGAUGCUGGUUGAAAACUCAACAGGGGAAGAUGUGAUUGAUGAUAUUGGUUGAGGGAUACAAUUCUGGCUAUUGGCAAUGCCUGAAGUCAUCUGUAGCUAUUGAAGAUAACUGAAUCUGCACCACAUACUGAAUUGUAUACUUUCUCCUUUGUGGUUGUUGGGCGGUGAGGUUAGGGUAGCAAGCAGUCCUAUUCAUAGUGUAUGAAGCUUUUGUAGAUCUGUAACAGUCUAGUGAAGAAUCAGCUUACUAUAUCUAUGAUGUAUAUCAUAUAUCGUGCUUUCUUAUCUGCCAGUAGUUUCACAUGCUGUUGCGAUACAAUACAACUCUGUAGAGGAAUUGUUUUCGCAAUUAGAUUUAUUACCUGCCAUAACUCUUUUGAAUUAGAAUGCGUGUUUGAAUACAUGCGGUGUGCAU